AUGAGUGGAGAGGCCAAGUACGAAGACUUAGGCUUGGGGGAUAGAAAGGCCAAAUGCAAAGACUUGGGCUUGAUAGGCGGUGAGGCCAAAUGCGAAGAUUUGGGCUUGGGGGAUAGAAAGGCCAAAUGCAAAGACUUGGGCUUGAUAGGUGGAGAGGCCAAAUGCAAAGAUUUGGGUUUGGGGGAUAGAAAGGCCAAAUGCAAAGACUUGGGCUUGAUAGGCGGAGAGACCAAAUGCGAAGAUUUGGGAUUGGGGGAUAGAAAGGCCAAAUGCAAAGACUUGGGCUUGAUAGGCGGAGAGGCCAAAUGCGAAGAUUUAGGCUUGGGGGAUAGAAAGGCCAAAUGCAAAGACUUGGGCUUGAUAGGCGGAGAUGCCAAAUGCGAAGACUUAGGCUUGGAGGAUAGAAGGGCCAAAUGCAAAGACUUGGGAUUGAUAGAUGGAGAGGCCAAAUGCGAAGACUUGGGCUUGGAGGAUAGAAGGGCCAAAUGCAAAGACUUGGGCUUGAUAGGCGGAAGGGCCAAAUGCAAAGAUUUGGGCUUGGGGGAUUGUCAACAAAACGGACCUUCGGGGGUGGUUUGGCCAACAAAACUGGGCUUACAACUGAUUUUCUGA